UUUGUGUCCUUUUGGACAACUCAGUUGACUAUGAAAGAUUAGUGCUACAAUCGUUGCUUCCUGGAGCGAUGGCGUCUUAAGAUUGCUUUAAUCAUCUGCAUCUUUCUCCAAUUCUCCCCGAGCUAUUUUGCGGUUAUAUUUUUUUCUUCGGUUUAGUAUAUGUCAGGCGUUUAGAAGCACUAAGAGUGUGAUCUUGCUAUUUCUCGUUGAGGCGCAAAAAAGAAGUGGUUUAGCGCAUUCCAGAGAGAUUUACUUCUUAAUGCAGCAGUUAGGAGUUAGGGAGGCAACAGAUGGGACAUGAGGUCUCUCCUAGCUUUCUUCAUUGCGAUUUCUGAUUUAGCUGGAUAUAAAAGCCUGGUCAUGUUGAUGAACAAAGGGAGGAAAAUAAGGCACCGAUCUGUUGUCUUCCCCAAGGUUCAGUUGUCGUUAGGUUAUCUGAAAAAAAUGGUCAAUGCAAAUCUGAUGAGUGGGAACCUGGACAAUUCGUUCAGUGCACUCAUGGUUUCUGGUGGCGGCGAGAGUGGACAGGCACAGAAUGGUGGUUUGGGUACCAUCUUAUCAGGUUGGAAGGACCUUCCAAUGGAACUACUUCUGAGGAUCAUAUCAGUAGCUGGAGACGACAGGAUGGUAGUUGUGGCCUCCGGUGUUUGCACCGGGUGGCGUGAUGCGCUAGGAUGGGGAGUCACAAGCCUUUCCUUCUCGUGGUGCCAGGACCACAUGAAUGACUUGGUAAUAUCACUGGCUCACAAAUUUCCAAAGCUGCAAGUUCUUUCACUGCGGCAAAUCAAGCCUCAGCUUGAAGACAGCGCAGUGGAGGCUGUAGCAAAUUAUUGUCAUGAUUUGCGCGAGUUGGAUCUAAGCAGAAGCUUUAGGCUUACUGAUCGGUCCUUGUAUGCUCUGGCGCAUGGGUGUCUUCAUCUUACGAGGCUCAACAUCAGUGGAUCUUCCAAUUUUAGUGAUGCUGCUUUGGUCUACCUCACUAGCCAAUGCAGGAAUCUGAAAUGCUUGAAUCUGUGCGGGUGUGUGAGGGCGGCUUCUGACAGAGCAUUGCAGGCCAUCGCUCGUAACUGUGAUCAGUUGCAAUCUUUAAACCUAGGUUGGUGUGAUAAUAUCACUGACAAGGGAGUGACUAGCUUGGCAUCAGGAUGUCCUGAACUUAGGGCUGUGGACUUGUGUGGCUGUGUUCUAAUAACAGAUGAAAGUGUGGUUGCUCUCGCGAACGGGUGCCCUCACCUGCGAUCCCUGGGCCUGUACUACUGCCAGAACAUCACUGACCGGGCCAUGUACUCGCUCGCGGCAAACAGCCGCGUCAGGGGCAAGGGCAUGAGCUGGGACGCAGGCAGGAGCAGCCGCAGCAAAGACGACAAGGACGGGCUCGCGAGCCUGAACAUCAGCCAGUGCACGGCGCUGACGCCCCCGGCUGUCCAGGCGGUGUGCGACUCAUUCCCGGCGCUCCAUACGUGCCCGGAGAGGCACUCCCUCAUCAUCAGCGGCUGCCUCAGCCUCACCUCCGUCCACUGCGCCUGCGCCCUGCACCCGCACCGUGCUGGGCGAGCCAUCCUGUCCAACCAUGCUUACUGAGUGAGGUCCGGCCCCAGUAUGGCGUGAAGUCAUCAAGGGGUUUACUGGCUAGCGCCAUGGAUCGUGGGCUAAGGCUGGGCAGCUUGGAAACGAUCUCGGCUCUGCCCUAAUUGAAUUGUUGCAUAUCACUCGAUCAAUGUAUGACAGAGUUUGUAUCCUGUGUAAACAGCGUAUGUGAAGCAGAACCUUGAGCGGUUGAAGGCUGCUAGAAUGUCUGUCUGUACUCGGGGCAUAAUGACCAAAUGAGUUACCCCUAUCUAUGCAAGCCUUGCAUGUGCAAGUAAUGUAGUUCAGGUAAAACAUUUCGGGCGGUGCUGGAAAAAACAUUGACUCUGGAGUGUUUGGUCGCUUGAUUUUUGACUCUGGAGUGUUUGGUC